UGAAUACCCUCCUCUUUCUCAUUUCAUUUCCACUCUAAAUUUGCUUUAUUUGUCAUUAGAGCCAUAAUCCAAAGCCAGACCCACCAAGAUGUCAGAUUGGGGGCCUGUUUUUGUGGCGGUGGUGCUCUUCAUCCUGUUGACGCCGGGCUUACUCAUUCAAGUUCCGGGUCGUAACAAGUGUAUAGAGUUUGGGAAUUUUCAGACGAGUGGAGCUUCUAUUCUGGUUCAUUCCAUUCUUUACUUUUCUCUUAUCUGUAUCUUCUUGUUAGCUAUUGGUGUUCAUAUCGGCCUAUCCCUUCUCUUUUUUUAACCGCUUCUUCAUCUUUCAACUAUGGCCGACUGGGGCCCCGUUGUUAUCGGUGUGGUACUCUUUGUGUUGCUGCAACCGGGGCUUCUGUUUCAGUUACCGGGACACAACCGCCAGUUGGAGUUUGGUAGCCUGAAGACCAACGGCAAGGCUAUUGCUGUUCAUACUCUUAUCUUCUUUACGCUCUAUGCCAUCCUCAUCUUGGCUGUUCACGUCCACAUCUAUACCGGAUGA